CUACGCACACAACCAUGUCUGAACCCGCUGUCACCGACGAUAAAACAAUCACCACCACCACAUUGGUUCCAUCUAGCUUAUCGCCGUCGCUCAACAUCGACGAAUUAUCGAUCGACGAAAACAAGAAACCUCCGAAGCUAUUAGACGAUCCGGAAGACUCCAAUAUCCAAGCGGUUACUUCUGGCGACACGCCGUACACCUCGGCGGCGAGGUUCGAGGACCUGAACCUGUCAGAGGAGCUUUUGAAAGGACUCUACGUUGAAAUGAAGUUUCAGAAACCGAGCAAGAUCCAAGCUAUAAGCUUGCCGAUGAUCUUGAAUCCGCCGCACCGUGAUUUGAUCGCUCAGGCUCACAACGGUUCCGGCAAGACCACGUGCUUUGUUUUAGGGAUGCUUAGUCGUGUGGAUCCUUCGACGCAAGCUCCUCAGGCUCUCUGCAUUUGUCCAACGAGGGAGCUUGCUAUUCAGAACACUGAAGUUCUCCGGAAGAUGGGGAAGCACACAGGGAUUAGCUCGGAGUGUGGCGUUCCGACAGAUAGCAGGGAUUCAAUUCGAAUUCAAAAACGGAAGUCAAUUAAGGCUCAGGUGGUUAUUGGGACUCCUGGCACCAUCAAGAAGUGGAUUUCUUUCAAGAAAUUGGACUUGACCAGAUUGACGAUUCUUGUCUUUGAUGAGGCUGAUCAAAUGCUUGCUGAGGAUGGUUUUAAGGAUGAUUCAUUGAGGAUAAUGAAAGAAAUAGAAAAAUUCAAUUCUAGCUGCCAGGUUCUUCUAUUUUCUGCCACAUUCAAUGACAUUGUCAAGAACUUUGUUGAGAGGACAGUUAAAAAGGACCAUAAUAAACUUUUUGUUAAGAAAGAAGAGCUUUCUUUAGAUACUGUGAAGCAGUAUAAAGUGCGCUGCGCUGAUGAGUUGUCGAAGAUUGAGGUGAUAAAAGAUUACAUAUUCGAAUUAGGAGAAAAUGUGGGCCAAACCAUCAUAUUCGUGCGCACGAGACAGAGUGCAAAAAUGCUGCACAAGUCACUUGUCGAUAUGGGUUACGGGGUUACUUCGAUACAAGGUGCCCUUGACCAUGAAGAGAGAGACAAAAUUGUCAAAGAGUUCAGAGAUGGUUUGACUCAGGUUCUUAUAUCUACGGAUGUUCUUGCUCGAGGCUUUGAUCAGCAACAGGUCAAUUUGGUUAUCAACUAUGAUCUCCCAAUAAAACAUACUGCAGAGUAUACACGGGAAUUUGAGCCUGAUUAUGAGGUGUACUUGCACAGAGUUGGUAGGGCUGGUCGAUUUGGCCGCAAGGGGGCUGUGUUUAACCUAAUAUAUGAUGAAAAAGAUGAAAGGCUGAUGUCAAAGAUCGAGAACCAUUUUGGCACCCGUGUAUCAGAGGUACGAGAAAAAAGUGUUGAAGACUAUAAAGCAGCUCUCAAGGAAGCUGGGUUAUUACAAGGUCAUUUAUAAUGUACAGAUCUAAAUUUAUACAGAUUUUAUAGAGAUUCCAUUUUAGUCACAAUCUAAGUGACACAUGUAUAUGAUGAUACAAGAGUGAUGUAAGUUAGAGAAAUAUCUUAUCAGAAUAUUUUAAUACCAUUAGUUAGUUAGGCAUUUGAUUAAAAGAACUAAGUAGAUAGGAUUAUGCUAACCACGUUGGAAAUGCAGAUUUUGAAAAAUACACAAAUAUUUGUAUUAAUUGAUUGAUAUUAAUUUAUAUA